UUUAGGCCUUUAAACACGUUUCACAACUAUCAUUACUGGAUAUCAUCAGUACCGGACACAAUGGCGAUGCGAAACAGGCAGAAGAAUAAUUUCAUGUUAUUGAAAUCCGUCGACGAGGAGGAAACUGUCGGAAUUGUCGAAAUUGUUGAAAAACUGGCUCCGGAAGCCGAACAGAAGACAGGGAAGUCAGCUAAGAAAACCAGAAAGGUUGAGAAGCCAGAGACACCAGCAAAACCCGAAAAGAAGGCAGAGAAGAAAACCAAGGGUAGACGUGGUAUCAAUGUCUCGGACCUUGACUUCCCAACCAAGGUCAAGGUUAAGGCCAAGACAUUCCCUGAGUCUGACAAAGCUGCGGUGCAGAAGCAAGAAAAGGUCGAUAGAGAUGCUUCCGACGAAGAGUCUGCUACCCCGCAGCCUUCUUCUGAAACCGACCAUAAGAGACACCACAAGCGCCACAAGCCUGCCGCCAAGUCCACCAAGCUCAUCUUCCUUGUGGGGGCAAUUGUGGGGGUGUUAGGGGCGUUGUACUUUGGUGCCAGCAAUUCCUCUGUCGGUGUAGAGUUUCCAGACUUUGACACUUUUGUCAACUUUGAUUCCAUGAGCGCUUUACUCGACGAUUGGAAGUCGGUGUUGCCCUCUUCGGUCAAUAAGAUGAUGAGCGAUUUUAUGGAAACAAGCAAACUCCACGGAAGCGCUGAGUCCUUUGCUGUGGGACGUUCAAUGCAGAAGGAAGGGUUGUCCACCAAGUUCCCAGUGGUUAUGGUGCCUGGUGUCAUCAGCACCGGGCUAGAGUCCUGGGGCUUGGAUGGCACGGAGGGGUGCCCAUCCGAACAACAUUUCCGCAAGAGAUUGUGGGGCUCCUUUUACAUGAUGAAAACCAUGGUUAUGGACAAGACAUGUUGGUUGAAGCAUAUCAUGUUAGACACCGAAACCGGGUUGGACCCCCCAAACAUCAGAGUCAGAGCCGCUCAGGGGUUCGAAGCCGCGGAUUUCUUCAUGGCGGGAUACUGGAUUUGGAACAAGAUCUUGCAGAACUUGGCGGUCAUCGGCUACAACCCGGAAAACAUGGUCAGCGCGGCCUAUGAUUGGAGAUUGUCCUACCUAGACUUGGAGAUCAGAGACGGUUACUUCUCCCGGUUAAAGUCUGCCAUCGAGUUACAGAAGAAAAACUCCCCUACGGGCGAGAAGUCGUUGCUUGUAGGCCACUCGAUGGGCUCCCAGAUCAUUUUCUACUUCAUGAAGUGGGUCGAGGCCUCUGGGGAGAACUUUGGCAACGGUGGGCCAAACUGGGUUAACGACCACGUUUCCGGUUUCGUCGACAUUUCCGGGUCUAUGUUGGGCACCCCAAAGGCCAUCCCCGCCUUGUUGUCAGGUGAAAUGAAGGACACUAUUCAGUUGAACUCUUUGGCUGUCCAAGGAUUAGAGAAGUUCUUCAGCCGCCGCGAGAGGGUUGACAUGCUUAGAUCGUUUGGGGGUAUUGCCUCCAUGUUGCCUAAGGGGGGUAAGGUCAUCUGGGGUGACCAGGAAAGUGCUCCUGACGACGAAGCCUCAUUUAUGAACAUUAACUCCACCGACAACGAUGCUGUGAAUGCGCCAAUUGACACCUACGGUAACUUUAUUUCUUUCCCCCAGGUCGUCGGGAAGUACUCUGCCAAGAACCUCACUAUGGACGAGAGUAUUGACUUUUUGUUGGACCAGACCUCCGUGUCCUACAAGAAGCGUACCAAGCAGCACUAUUCGUAUGGUAUUACUAAGAGUCGGGCGCAGUUGAAGAAGAACAACCAGGACUACUCGAAGUGGGUCAAUCCGUUGGAAGCGGAGUUGCCUAAUGCGCCCGACAUGAAGAUCUACUGCUUUUACGGGGUCGGCAACCCAACCGAAAGAUCCUACACCUACCGCGAAGAGCUCGAUAAAUCCGAACACAACUUGAAUGUCACGAUCGAGCUGAACUCGCAAAACGCGGUAAAGUUGGCUGACGGCGACGGAACCGUCUCCAUUUUGACCCACACAAUGUGCCACAAGUGGAAACAAGCCGGAAGCAUCUACAACCCAGGUAACUCUCGGGUCACCAUUGUCGAGAUGAAGCACGAACCGGACAGAUUCGACAUCAGAGGGGGUGCCAAGACCGCCGAGCAUGUCGACAUCUUGGGCUCCGCUGAGUUGAAUGAGUUAGUGUUGAGAGUUGCCAGUGGUAAGGGUGAUGAGAUCGAAGAUAGGUAUGUGAGUAACUUGAAGGAGGUUACUGAGAAAAUGGACUUUUAAAGUCAAUAGAAGUUAGUCCCUGAGAAAUUGAUUUUUUAUAUACUUGGCGCCGUCAGGUUAAUUAUACCAAGGUGUUUUCUAGGAACUUCGAGCGUAGAAAUGAUAGUUUCCUUAGCUGACACCAUGCUUGAGGUUAAAUGUUACAUAAACCAGAGUUAAUAGAACCAUAUGCUGGC